CGAUCGUAUUUGAAUGUAGUCGCAAUCGCCACUGCCAGCUAGAAAAUGAAAAGAAUUUGCGCAUUUCUCAUAAUGUCCCUGCAUUGGACGUCUAUAAUCACGCAAGACCCUGAAGUUGUGCAAUCAUGCACAAAAUACAAAAAAGAUGUCUUUGAAGAGCAAGUGGCCUUUAGUCACUUCUUUCCCAAUGCGCCAGUCGAAUAUGAAACUCUGGACAAUUGUCACGGGGCUCGACCACUGAUUGUUGGCGGAAUGCCAGCGGAGGGUAAGGAAUUUCCACAUAUGGCUCGCUUGGGUCAUCGUCGUGCUGCUGACGCCGAUGGAAAAACGGCAACUGACUGGUUCUGUGGCGGAACUUUGAUAAGCGAUCGUUUUGUGCUCACAGCAGCGCAUUGUUUCUACUCUAUAAGAGGCGUGGUCAAUAUUGUGCGAUUGGGUGAGCUGGACUUCGACUCGGACAAAGAUGAUGCGGACCCGGAGGAUUUCGGGGUUCGCAGCUAUAAGGAGCAUCCGAACUAUGAUAAUUCCCUACUCUACGAUGAUAUAGGACUUGUUGAACUGGACGAGCCCGUUAAAUUCAAUUAUUACAAACACCCAGCAUGUCUGCCCUACGAUGAUGGUAGCCGUCACAACACCUUUAUAGCCAUUGGCUGGGGCCACAAGGCGCUUGUAGGCAGUGAUUCCAACAUGCUCCUGAAAGUCAAAUUGAACGCGUACAACAAUGUCUGUCGCUACAAAAUCGAGUCAUCCGAUGAGCUACCCCGUGGCUUCAAUGCAACCACACAGCUCUGCAUUGGCUCCAGUGAACUAAAGGAUACCUGCACCGGUGACUCAGGGGGCCCAGUCCUGGACUACCACAAGGACUACCCUUGCAUGUACCAUGUUCUGGGCAUUACCUCAACCGGCAUUGGCUGUGGCACACCCAAUAUUCCCGGUGUCUACACUCGCGUUCACUUCUACUUGGAUUGGAUAAAGCGAGAAAUUACCAAUACUUCAAAGAACUGACGGCACUUAUAAAUUUCAUGGAAUCGCGUUAUAACUAUAGAUUUUCUAGCAGUUAUAGAUGUUUACAAUGAACAUAUCUGUAAAAUGUUUGUGUUAAUUUGUUCUUCGCUGGAAACUAUUAGAGUCUAUAAAUAUGAAAGCAAGUGUGUUAGUUGAGUCGAAGCUGAGGGUUUUUUAAUCGAUUAUACGACUUUAACGAACAUUCUAUAUAUGUAUAUAUGUAUGUAUGUAUGUAAAUUAAAUGAGAAAUUGUACUGAUGUAAUUAGAGAAGUGUAAUUAGAGAAGUGGUA